AUGCUGUUCUCGUGGUUGCGGACUGCUGGGAGGCUACCUCUUCCCGCCCGUUCCUUUUCAAAUGUAGCCACGGUCAGCUCUGCCAAGCUGCAGGAACAGGCGCUGGAGGAGAAGUGUAUCUUGGUGAACGACCACGAUCAAGCCACCGGAAGUGCCUCGAAGCGGGACUGCCACCGGGUGGAUCCCGACGGUAACAUUCGUCUGCAUCGUGCGUUCAGUGUCUUCCUGUUCAACAGUGCCGGAGAUAUGCUGCUGCAACGUAGAUCCGUCGAAAAGAUAACAUUUCCCGACUGCUACACGAACGCUUGCUGCAGCCAUCCGCUGUACGACAUCGAGGGAGAGCGGGAGGAGCUGAAUGCCCUUGGCAUUCGGCGCGCUGCCCAGCGACGAUUGAACUACGAGCUUGGCAUUCCAAUGGCACAGGCACGGCCGGAAAACUUCCACUACAUCACCCGCAUCCACUACGCCGACCGGGGCGAUGGGACGUGGGGAGAGCACGAGAUCGACUACAUUCUGUUCCUGCAGAAAGAUGUCGACCUGAAGCCAAACGACAGCGAGGUCAGCGAGGUGCGAUACAUUCCGCGCAGUGGGCUGACGGAUGCCAUCGCACGGCUGGAUGCACCGCUAACGCCCUGGUUCCGGCUGAUCUUGCAGCACCGGCUGCAGCUGUGGUGGGACAAUUUGCCUAAUUUGAAGCAGUACGAAAACCACAAGCAGAUCGAACGAUUCUAGCUGGCAGGGUAUGGUGAUCGGAAACCAAAAUUUAGGCGCGUAAGUACGACACUGCACAAUGGCAGCGGCAGGCGGUAAGGGGGUCGAGGAAGCAAUAUUUAAAUGAUUUUGAUAAGCGUAUAACGGUAGAAGGGAAUAUUUAUGAUGGGUGAGAAGGUGUUGCAAUACGCAUGUAAAUGAAUUGUUAUUAAGUUUACUAACUGGACUCUGGAAAAGGACAAGAAUCUAUUUUUCUACAAAUAA